AUGCUUCCUCUCUUCUUCAAAGUACUUCCUCUCUUCAUCAAGAUGCUUCCUCUCUUCAACAAAGUACUUCCUCUCUUCAUCAAGAUGCUUCCUCUCUUCAACAAAGUACUUCCUCUCUUCAUCAAGUGCUUCCUCUCUUCAUCAAAUGCUUCCUCUCUUCUUCAAAGUACUUCCUCUCUUCAUCAAGAUGCUUCCUCUCUUCAUCAAGAUGCUUCCUCUCUUCAUCAAGGUGCUUCCUCUCUUCAUCAAGGUGCUUCCUCACUCCAUCAUGCAUCCAUCAUGCAGCUUCCUCUCUUCAUCAAGGUGCUUCCUCUCUUCGUCAAAGUACUUCCUCUCUUGCUCAAGAUGCAGCUUCCUCUCUUCAUCAUGCAGCUUCCUCUCUUCAACAAAGUACUUCCUCUCUUGCUCAAGAUGCAGCUUCCUCUCUUCAACAAAGUACUUCCUCUCUUCAUCAAGAUGCUUCCUCUCUUCAACAAAGUACUUCCUCUCUUCAUUAAGAUGCUUCCUCUCUUCUUCAAAGUACUUCCUCUCUUCAUCAAGAUGCUUCCUCUCUUCAACAAAGUACUUCCUCUCUUCAUUAAGAUGCUUCCUCUCUUCAACAAAGUGCUUCCUCUCUUCAUCAAGGUGCUUCCUCUCUUCUUCAAAGUACUUCCUCUCUUGA